GUUCGUGGGAACGUCACACUGAGUUGAAUGGAACUUCGUUGCAUAGCGACCAAGUAAACACUGUUUCUGUGGACAGCAAUGCCGCGGGGAUUCGGCUGUAAAGCAGAGCGCGGGAGGCUGACUCUAGCUGCUGUAGCACUACAGGACCAUAUCACACGAAGUGUUCUUGUUCGAAACAUUCCCCGUAACCUCCCCGUAUCAGACGCUUCCCGUGGGGCUGCACAUGUUAGUAGGAAGCACAGAAAUCACAAUACAAGGCAGAGCGUCAUAUGUCCUGAGCAGACACAAGGAGAAGAGGAGACAGAGUAUGUGCUGGAUCGUGGUCCUCCACCUCCGACUCUUGCCCAAAGGAUGGGUCUGGUGGCAGCUCCUUCAAGAAGACUAACAGCAGAGGAGUGGGCAGAGGUCAAAACCAGGUCCAUCCAGGAGGGAGACUCAACCCAGCCUUGUGUGAUAUGCAGGGAGGAGUUUCGUCUGCAACCGCAGGUUCUACUCUCCUGUUCUCAUGUAUUUCACAAAGUGUGUCUGAAGUCUUUUGAGAAGUUCUCAGGCAGGAAGAGCUGCCCGAUGUGCAGGACGGAGCAGUAUGAGACCAGGGUGAUUUACGAUGGUGCUCGUCUCCAUCGGGAAAAGUGUGCUGUCAGAAUACAGGCUUUCUGGCGUGGCUACCUUGUUCGCAAAUGGUACAGCAACAUAAAGAAGUAUGUGCCGCCGAAAGACCAACAAUUAAGACGAGUAUUCUUUGAAAAAAAGUUUCAGGAGAUGAACGACAGCUUGGUGCGGUCAUGCAGCACAGACGUGGAAGCCUUCCUGAGCGAUAUCGAUCGCUCCGUGGCCUCGAGCCACGACAUCCUGUGCCGCUUCGACGACAAGUACACCAGUGUUUCUGAAAUGGAGGAUAAACACUGGCUGGAAGCUCAAGAGAAGUCGCUCCUCGGUCCUGCCCUUCGCCCGACGUGCCGCCACCUGUCCCGGAGCGCUCGAGCCGCGCUGGCGGCACAGAUGUUCCGAUUCAACAGUAUCAAACCCUCCAAGAGAUGAUUGUUUACCUUGCUAAUGAAUGAGUGGAAAUAAUCCACCGUGUUUACUAAAAAACACAAGCUGCGCGGAUAAUGCACGCCUAGCCUUUCAUUACAUGCGAGCUGAAGACAAGAUUUGGCAUUUCAGUGGGCCUCAUUGUUAUUGUGUUGAGGCAGCCAAUGGCAAUGAUCCACUAAAAAAAAAGGAAACGCUCAUUUUUUAUCUUCUGGAUGAAAGGUCGGGCAGAUAACUUGAGACUCUCAAACCUAGAGUUAGCAGAGUUCAAGUCAGAACCAACCUGUUCCCACCCAGACAAACAGAACGGACAAUUAUGAAAUGUUCUCGUGCGAAGCGAUUGGCCUUUGCUGAAUAAAGGAAGCUUGACAGUCAGUUAAUGAUUAUGGCUGCACACCUACCUUCUGUUAGACUCGACUGUGAUACGAGCUGCACACAGCGGUCAUAAAUCUGCUAAUCAUUUUUCCCUGAUAAUGGAGCAGGAAAACACUCUCACGGAACACGAGGUGUUCACAGGCAUGUGUUUUCAUUUCACAGGAGCAUUUCAGAGGCUUGUUAAUAAAAUCAGCAUGAUGAUGAUUAAAUACAAAUUAAUGUUACACUGCCGGUCAAAAGAUUUUUUUAUGUUUUUGGAAGAAAUCUCACCAAAGCUGUAUUUAUUUGAUCAGAAAUAAAGUUUAA